AUGCUUUCUACUGCUGGUUGGAAAAUUGUGACCUUGCUUUAUUUUGUGCGUAUAUCAUCAUGUGAUUCGCAUAUGGCCUAUAGAGUUGUAGAUGAAAACCAUUACAAAAACAAGAUUGAUGUGUUGAAUCAAUAUAUCUUCGCGUUUACAUUAAGUUUUGGAAUAAUGGUCGGUUUAAGUAUAAUAUACUUUAGAAUGAAGAAGAAAUAUUCAAAGGCUCGAAAUUUUAUUGUUUUUAGUGUUGUUUUAAUAAUCCUAGAUUGGAUUUUAGAUAUUAUAUUUAUGAUAUUAUAUGCAAGUGAAAUUUCAUGGUUAUUUACAACAUGGGUGUUGAUCGUUGCAUUAGCGCCACUAUUAAAUUUCACGUAUACUCUAACGUCAAUUCAUUAUGAACGUGUUCAUAAUGUUUCAUUCAAAUGUUGGUUAAAGGAUAAUCGAUUAUCGACAAUUUUGAUUUCAUCGUUGUCUUUGAUACAUAUUGAAUUAUUUAAAUUGAUUAAUAGUAGAUUAUUUUACAAAGAAUUUUUUGGUGCGAAAUUAUUAUGGGUUCAAAAAAGUACUAUUAUGAGUUUAUUUGGAAUAUUUAAUAUGAUCAUUCAAGAUUUGGUAACCAUCUUAUUUAAAUCUUACUUGACACCACAUCAAACUUCAUUAAAAAAUGAAACAGGAUUAAGACUGUCCAGGAACAAUAAUAAUGAAAAACAUAAUUAUAGUCCACCACAAACUCCUGCCUUGUUCCUUUCAAAUGGUGGAAGGAGGGAUAGCGUUAGUUUGAUAAGUAGGGCGCCCCUUUCCCCAUUUUUGUAUCAGCCUCCUUUUCCUUAUAGUGCUGAAGAUCUUGAAGGGGAUGAAGAAGAGGGUAUGUCGCAAGAAAAUGUGAAUUUUAAUAAAAGUGAUGUGGUUAAUGAUGUUAAUUCGAUCGUCACCAAACCCCAGUCUAGUUAUAACCCUCAUUUGAAUCUAUAG